GCCAUUUCUGCUUUCAUUUUUGCUUACUUUCAAGAUAUAGGUAAGCUUCCUUCUUCUUUUAUUCUUCGUUGGGUUGUUAAUGCUGGACGCCAUCUUUCUAAUUUCCACUCUUUUUCUUCUUCUACUAACACCAUUGCUACCCACAUCGAAUGCCUAAGUAAGAAACUCAUGUCCAUGCCUGUUAGAGGAAAGGGAAAAAGAGACCACCGCUUCGAUAAUGUUGAUCAUGCUUUGAUUUUGUUCAAUAAGAUGAUUGGAAAGUACCCAAACCUUCAAUUGUGGAAUUCAAUAAAUUAUUAGGAGCCAUUGUUAAGAUGAAAUAUUAUGCCAUUGUUGUUUCUAAGUAUAGACAGAUCGAAUUAUUGGGAGUUUCCCAUGAUGUUUAUUCUAUGAGCAUCGUGAUUAAUUGCUUUUGUCAAUUAAGUCGAAUUGAUUUUGGGUUUUCUGUAUUGGGGAAAAUGCUGAAGUUAGGUGUUGAACCUGAUGUUGUAAUGUUUUUCAACUUUGAUUAAUGGGCUUUGUAAUCAAAGUAAGAUUUCUGAGGCCGUUCGUAUGUUCGAUGAAAUGACUGAAAAAGGGUAUCAACCUAAUUUGAUUGUUUACAGUACAAUGCCUUUGUAAGAACGGUUUGUUACAGGAGGCUCUCGAUCUCUUCUCCGAAGUGAAGGUUGAAGGCAUAAGACCAGAUAUCUCUACUUACACUUGCUUAAUUCAUGGUAUGUGUAAUUUGGGCCAGCAGGAGGAGGCAACAAGGCUUUUGAAUGAAAUGGUUGAUAACAAUAUUUCACUUAAUAUUGUCACAUAUAAUACAUUGGUUGAUGCUCUUUGCAAGGAAGGAACGAUUUCUAAAGCUGUAGAGACCGUUGACAUGUUGAGAAAGCAAGGCAUUGAGCCUGAUUUUGUCACGUAUAGUACAUUGGUUGAUGCGCAUUGCAAGGAAGGGAUGGUCUCUGAAGCUGAGGAUAUUGUUGACGUAAUGAUAAAGCGAGGCAUUGAGCCUGAUGUUGUUACCUAUAGUGCAUUGGUUGAUGCGCAUUGCAAGGAAGGAAUGGUCUCUGAAGCUGAGGAUAUUGUUGAUGCAAUGAUAAAGAGAGGCAUUGAGCCUAAUGUUGUUACCUAUAGUGCAUUAGUUAAUGGUCAUUGCUUGCAGAAUGAAAUGGAUAAAGCUAGAAGAGUUUUCAACUUGAUGAUUGAGAAGGGUUGUGCACCUAAUAUAGUUACUUACAGCACCAUGAUCAAUGGAUAUUGCAAAGGCAAAACAGGUCAUAUUGAGGAGGCAUUGAAACUUUUUCAAGCAACGUGAAACAGUGGGUUGGAACUUGAUAUUGUCCCAUAUAAUAUCCUAAUUGAUGGGUUGUGCAAAGCUGGGCAUAUCGAAUUUGCCAAGGAAUUAUUUCAUCAACUCUCAGACAAUGGUUUAAAACCGGAUGUUUACACAUAUUGUAUAAUGAUUAAUGGACUGUGUAAAGAGGGAUUGCCAGAUGAAGCAUACAGGUUGUUUGGGAGCAUGGGAGAUAAUGACUGUUUGCCUAAUAGCUGCUGUUAUAAUGUAAUGAUUUGGGUGUUCCUUCGCAACAGCUAUACCUCAAAGGUAACACAACUUCUUACGGAAAUGGUUGGUAAGGGAUUUUCUGCAGAUAUAUUCACUGCCACCUUACUUAUGGAUCUUAUCAUAUACUCUAAUAAAUCAAUCUUGCUCUGAAAUGUUUCACAAAUUGUGUAAAGAUCAUCACUUGCAAUGUGAAUCAGCUGUACAUAACCAUUGCACAGUGAUAAAAGAUUGUGGAAACUAGAAUGAGGUUUAGUGUCUAUUUUCAAUAUUGUUGAUUUUGUUCUGACUUGUGUAGCUUGUUGAUCUUGAUCUUAGCAACUUCUUGAUCUUCUUGGUGGUGAUAUUAAGAAAUUAGGGGAAAACCAAUAUUGCUUGUGAAUUUUAAAGCAGGGGCAUUUGUACGAACAACUAAACAUGAGUUGAGAAUAAAAGGAAUUGAAAUAAAUAUUAAGGCGAUUUAAUGGCAUUGAUGUUCGUGUGUUGAGUAAAUGAAGGGUUUAAUGUUUA